AUGAUAAAAUAUUAUUGUGUUUCAGAUGCUACAACGGAAUGGAAAGCUUUGAUGAAUUUUCGAAUUUCAGAAUUUUCUUCGAACAAUUUGGAAAAAUGUUCACAUGUCAACACCUUUGUCAACGCUGUAAAUUCACGGUUAGCUAUCAUAUCGUUAAAUAAAAUUGAAGCUUUGAAAUGGUUGCUCCCAAAUGUCCAAAAAGCCCUAAAGUUACGUGAUAUCAUUGCAGGAAGUAGAGCAGGAUGA